AGAAACACGCAGAGAAAACACAGAGAAGAAGACUCAAAACAAAAUAAAAUCCACACUAUAAACGACAAAAACUUUGCCUCGCUUCGCUUUGACGUUAACCUCAAUCAAACUUGAUUACAAGUUUCAGAAUUUUAAACAUUUUUAGACACUUACAUGCCACCAAACCAAGCCAAAUCAACACAACCAACCUUCAAUUUUCUACUCACUUUCUUGCUUUCCACGAAGAACCCUUCAUUGUCUUUGUAUUCCUCUUCCUCUUCCUCCUGCAUUAUCUUUCUUCUAUGGAGUCUCUGGAAAAAUAAACUUUCAGGCUAUAAUGUGAUUAAGAGAGUGAGCCGCAGAAUUCGGUGAAAGAUUGUUGAAGAAAAAUGAAGAAAUGGUCCGGGGGCAUUUGCGUUGCGUCCUUGUUUAUGCUACUAGUUCUGAGGUACACUGUGAUGAAAAAUCCGAUUGGGGAGACUUCUUUUUCUGUUACUAUUGCUGUCAAUGCAAGUAGUCCUCUUUCUGUUCCUAUUGCUGUCAACACAAGUAGUCCUCUUGAAUUGCAUCAAGAUGAGAUGCCGCCAACUGCUCAACCUCUGGAAUCUGCCAAUCAAGUGAUUUCUGCUGAUGCAUUGGUGUCUGGUCUUUUUCUUAGAAGGAACUUUUCCCAUGAAGUGCAUAGUUCUUUACUCACAUGGAAUCUUAUGAAGCACUUGAUCAACUACUCUCAGGGUUUGCCCAAUGCUGUUGUGGCUAUCAAAGAAGCCCGAGUGGCGUGGGAAAAUCUUAUGGAUUCUUUUGUGAAGGAGCAAAAUGCUGACUUAAGUGACAGUUCAGUUCAGAAAAUGAAGGAGAAACUAUGUCCACAUUUUCUUAAUAAGAUGAAUGCCACAGAAUUUGGUGAUAGUGGUUAUAAACUAAGAAUUCCUUGUGGCCUUAUUCAGGGUUCUUCAAUUACUGUAAUUGGCAUUCCAAAUGGUCUUCUUGGUGAUUUUCGAAUUGAAUUAACUGGGGAGUCUAUCCCUGGAGAGACAGACCCUCCUAUAGUUUUGCAUUACAAUGUUCGGCUUCAAGGAGACAAGAUAACCGAUGAUCCUGUGAUUGUCCAAAACACUUGGACUGCUGCUGAUGAUUGGGGUGAAGAGCAGCGGUGCCCCUCUCCAAUUACUGGAGACAAUAAGAAAGUGGAUGACACGAACCAAUGCAAUGAACUGGUUGGUAACAAUGAUGCCCGGAAGGCUAUGGAAAGUGGAUCUUCAUCCAUUCCUUUACGGUCAUCAGUGGCAAGGAAUAGAUCUGGAUCAAGUCAGCAUUUUCCAUUCAAGCUAGGCUAUUUGUCUGUUAUGACAUUGAGGGUGGGAGAAGAAGGAAUUCAGAUGACAGUUGAUGGAAAGCACGUAACAUCUUUUGCUUUUCGUGAAAGUCUGGAGCCUUGGCUUGUUAGUGAAGUAAGGAUAUCAGGAGACUUGGAAAUAAUUUCUGUCUUGGCAAGUGGCUUACCCACAUCAGAGGGUUUAGAUGAUGUUGUGGAUAUAACAGAACUGAGAUCAGCUCCACUUGAACAACACCAACCAUUAGACCUCUUCAUUGGUGUCUUCUCUACAGCCAACAAUUUCAGACGGCGGAUGGCUGUUCGGAGAGCAUGGAUGCAGUAUCCUAAUGUCAAGAAUGAAACAGUUGCAGUGCGCUUUUUUGUUGGAUUGCAUAAAAACCGGAUGGUAAAUGAGGAACUGUGGAAUGAGGUACAAACCUAUGGAGACAUUCAGCUGAUGCCUUUUGUUGACUACUACAGUCUUAUAACCUGGAAGACAAUAGCAAUCUGCAUCUUUGGGACACAAGUUGUUUCAGCCAAGUACAUCAUGAAGACAGACGAUGAUGCAUUUGUUCGUGUGGAUGAGGUUUUAGCUUCUCUGAAUAGAUCAAAUGUGAGCCAUGGCUUGCUCUAUGGCCUCAUCAACACUAAUGCUCAGCCUCAUAGGAGUACUGACAGUAAAUGGUAUAUCAGUCCCGAGGAAUGGCCCGAAUCUACUUACCCUCCCUGGGCACAUGGCCCUGGUUAUGUGGUAUCACAUGACAUUGCAUUGGCAAUUGCCAAGAGAAACAAAGGUCGUCUGAAGAUGUUCAAGCUGGAGGAUGUGGCAAUGGGGAUCUGGAUAGCAGAGUUGAAGAAAGAUGGUUUGAAAGCAACUUAUAUAAACGAACAGCGGGUGUACAAUGAAGGUUGCCAGGAUGGAUACAUUGUUGCCCACUAUCAGAGCCCCAGAGAGAUGCUCUGCCUCUGGCAGAAGUUACAAGAGCAAAAUGCGGCCAAUUGCUGCACGGAUCGAUAAACUCGUGGCAACAGACUUAUUAGCUUCAGUAAAUGAAUGACUUUUAGCACAGAAAUUCUUGACUAAAUUCAUCCUACUAAGAAAUCAUACCGAGAGAAGACGUUAGAGAUUUAUAACAGUUUCAUGUUUGAUUUUUCACACAAUUACAGGUAGUAGUUAGGGAGUAAACUAGCAUUGAGUUAUAAGAUCUGGAGCGAUCUUUAUGUUAUCAUUUGUACAGAUGUUGCCAGGAACGUGAAAAGUUAAAUAAAUACGUCAUUAGGCACAGAAAAAA